UUCCAGUCUACUCCACCAACCUUUCUCUCUUUCUCAAUUUUCGAAGCGACCAGCUUCACAGUCACACAAUGGGCAAAAAGAGACGCGGACCCACGUUAGAAGAAGUGCUGGCUCGUCCGUGGUGCUACUACUGCGAGCGCGACUUCGAUGACCUCAAGAUCCUUAUCUCACACCAGAAAGCCAAGCACUUCAAGUGCGAGCGAUGUGGGCGCCGACUAAACACUGCCGGAGGCUUGUCCGUGCACAUGAGUCAGGUACACAAGGAGCAGCUUACGGCUGUCGACAAUGCUCUCCCAAACCGAUCCAGUCUCGACGUCGAGAUCUUCGGGAUGGAGGGUGUCCCCGAGGAUAUCAUCCAGGCGCACAACCAGCGGGUGGCGACACAGUUCCAGCAGGCAGAGGCCGAGCGGCAGGCCGUGACGGGCAAUCCGCCUCCCGGGACGUCAGCGACGGGCGGACAGCCGGCGAAGAAGCCCAAGCUGGAGAGCGUUUCGGACCUCAAGAAACGCCUGGCGGAACACAAGGCGAAGAUGGCGGAAGCGCGUGCGGGCGGCAGCAGUGGCGAGGCCACGCCUGUGGGAGCCGGUCAGACACCAACGAUGGGUGGAUACGCCGCAACGUCCACUGCACCGCCGCCUGCGACCACUCCCUCUCAAUUCUCCUAUCCUCAGCCCUACGGCGCCGCCGCAGCCGCCGCUUCUCCCUUCCAGCAACCCCCUCAACAAACGGCCAGCCCCGUGUAUCCGACCUUCUCGCCCGGUGGCCAGGCGAAUGCGCAGUAUGCUGCUCCUCCCACGACCUUCUCCCCGCAGCUGUUCCCGACUGGGGUUCCCGGCCAACCGCCGUACGGUGCCACACCGCCGACAUACCCGACGCAACAGUCCCCUCCCCAGACACACACUCCCCCGCAGCUCGGGGGCGCCUUCCCACCCCGUCCUGCCGGGCUGCCCGCUGCGCCUGGUCUCCCUCAGCGGCCGGCCGUGGGGGCCCCGCAGGUCAACGCCUACCAAAUGCAACAGAUGCACAUGGGCCACACCGUUCCCCCGAACACCGGCAUGAACGGCGCCGACAAGGCUUCCGGAGCGGCGGCGGAAAGCACGGGGUUCUCCGGUUCCGUGGACGAUUUGAUCUCCGGGGCGGCGAAGCAGGCCGAAGCGGCGACGGCGACACCACCGACGACCACGAGCACGACUGCCGGCAAACCGGCCGAGGGCGAGGACCAAAAGCCCAAGAAGGACAAGUCCAAGGCGCGAUUGGUGUAUUCGGAUAACGAGACCAGCCCGGAGGAGAAGAUGGCUAGGUUGUCAAGGUACGCAUAUGUUCCUGACCAGCGAGGGGAGACGGUACUUGAAGAGCUUCCAUCCGCCGUGGUGGUUGGGGCGAUCCGGGAAUCGGACACGGUGGUGGAUGCGACGGAUUAAGUGCAAGCACACACGCCCGUACACGCAGACACACCCCGAAGAAGAAAAGAAAGCAGAAAAAGAAAAAGUUCCAAAAAAGAAUUCCAGUGCAUACACAUCAGCUAAGUUUCUGUUCACAUCACAUCACACACAUAUACACACCAAACUGUCAAUGUCUUGUUGUUUGCUACUACUUGACUCGGUGGCAGUGGGUCGGCCGUGACCUUUGUUUGGGUCGGCCGUCAUUUUCUCCUUCGGAAAAGUGAGCACCGACUGUGCAUGCAACAAGAAAAGAGUAGUUGGUGAGUGCCGAACCUUUUGCUUUGUUACUUUUCUGUGAGAACGACCGAAUCGACGAUUCCAGGGAUUUGACUCGAUUGAUUGAGGGUUGGGGGGGGGGACCAGAUUGGACGUUUAGUAUGGUAUGACUAUUGUAAGUUGCGUCUAGAAGGUAGGCCACUUAAAUUAUUGAAUAUGAGAUCAGACAUUUAUCAGUAG